GCAUCUGGCCUCUGUCAGAGGUGACAGCUGUGUCGAGUUGACUCCCUCCCUUCACUAAACGGAGUCAGUGACAGAUUAAAUGCGGGUCUGUGACAGGGAGUCGAGGCUGUUCGCUCUCAGGGAGCCAACACUCCGGCUGUUUUUCUUUUCUUAAAUGUGACAUAUUUCCUCUUCAUAUCUCUCCGUUUUCUUAUCGCUGUCUCAACGGCUUUCCGGAGCGAUCCGGGGAAACGGCGCUUCUCUCCAGCGCGCGCGACAGUAAAAAUACUAUUUAUAUCCAUGUGCUCCUGUUGCGGCUCACCGUCCUCCUACAUCGCCUCGCCGUGAAGAAGGAGCAGACAACAGAAAAACAGCAGGAAAAUUCCAGAUAUUUUUUUGAAGAGUUGAAAAUGCCCGUCCGUCGCGGACACGUCGCCCUCCAGAACACCUAUCUGGACACCAUCAUCCGCAAAUUCGACGGACAGAACCGCAAGUUUCUGAUCGCGAAUGCCCAGAUGAAGAACUGUGGGAUCAUCUACUGUAAUGAAGGUUUCUGCCAGAUGUUCGGCUUCUCCCGGGCCGAGAUCAUGCAGCAGCCGUGCACCUGCCAGUUCCUGGUCGGUCCGGGCACCAUGAAGAGUGCUCUGUCCCAGCUGGCCCAGGCCCUGCUUGGCUCAGAGGAGCGCAAAGUAGAGAUCCUGUACUACUCUAAAGAAGGGACAUGUCGGCCGUGUUUGGUGGAUGUUGUUCCAGUGAAGAAUGAGGAGGGCGUGGUCAUCAUGUUCAUCCUCAACUUCCAGGAACUGCUGGAGCCUGCACUGAAAAAGGGCUUCCGUCAGCGGGUCACACAAAGCUGGAUACGCUCAGCUCAGAAACGCAAGCUGAGGUUAAGAAUGCCCUCUCUGAGGGUCACUCGCCAGCCUUCCUUUUCCAAAGACCAGUUCGAGGGAGUGGUGGUGGACUACCUACAGCCCCCUGUUGAGGAUGUGGCUCUGAAGGACUUCCCUGUCCCAUCUAAAGACAGUUAUCUGCAGUCUGAGACUCAAGCUUUGAUCCAGCAGGAACGUUCAGUGCCGGGUUUCUCCCCCACUCCCUCCAGCCUUGACCCUGGUGGGCCACCGCUCCCCCACAGACGCUCCCAGGAGAGCGUCCGCAGCCUCCGUAGAGCCUCUUCACUGCACGACAUUGAUGGCAUGAGGGACCAGUGGAACGAUCUGAAGCCCAAUAAUGUGAACUCCACCUCGGAUUCAGAUUUGAUGCGGCAUCGUGCCAUUGGACGGAUCCCUCAGGUGACGUUGACAUUUGGCUCAGACCGGCUCAGGCCGCCGUCCCCCACCGAGAUCGAGAUCAUCGCACCCAGCAAGAUCAAAGACCGCACCCAGAACGUCUCCGAGAAGGUCACACAGGUCACCCAGGUGCUGUCUCUGGGGGCUGACGUGCUUCCUGAGUACAAGCUCCAGGCACCCCGCAUCCAUAAGUGGACCAUCCUGCACUACAGCCCAUUUAAGGCAGUGUGGGACUGGGUGAUCCUGCUGCUGGUGCUCUAUACGGCCGUCUUCACGCCCUACAGUGCUGCUUUCCUACUCAACGAGCAAGAGGAGGAGAGCCGGCGCACCUGCGGCUACACUUGCAACCCGCUCAACGUAGUGGACCUAGUGGUGGACGUCAUGUUCAUCAUUGACAUCAUCAUCAACUUCCGCACCACGUACGUGAACCACAACGACGAGGUGGUGAGCCACCCGGCGCGGAUAGCCCAGCACUACUUCAAAGGCUGGUUCCUUAUCGACAUCGUAGCAGCCAUCCCCUUCGACCUGCUCAUCUUCAGAUCAGGAUCAGACGAGCCUCAGACCACCACUCUGAUCGGCCUGCUGAAGACUGCGCGGCUGCUGCGGUUGGUGCGUGUGGCGCGGAAGCUGGAUCGCUACUCUGAGUACGGAGCAGCCGUCCUCUUCCUCCUCAUGUGCACCUUUGCCCUCAUUGCCCACUGGCUGGCCUGCAUCUGGUACGCCAUUGGCAAUGUAGAGCGCACUGGCUCCGCUCGCGUUGGCGCCAUGAAGAUCGGCUGGCUGGACAACCUGGCCGACCAAAUCGGCAAGCAGUACAAUGACAGUGACUCCACCUCAGGACCUUCCAUCAAGGACAAAUAUGUUACGGCGCUGUACUUCACCUUCAGCAGCCUGACCAGCGUUGGAUUCGGCAACGUCUCCCCUAACACCAACCCAGAGAAAAUCUUCUCUAUCUGCGUCAUGCUUAUCGGCUCCCUAAUGUAUGCCAGUAUCUUUGGGAAUGUGUCUGCUAUAAUCCAGCGCUUGUACUCCGGCACUGCACGCUAUCACACACAGAUGCUGAGGGUAAAGGAGUUCAUCCGCUUCCACCAGAUCCCUGGAGGCCUGCGCCAGAGGCUGGAGGAGUAUUUCCAGCAUGCCUGGUCCUACACCAAUGGCAUUGACAUGAACGCUGUAUUGAAGGGUUUUCCUGAGUGUCUGCAGGCUGAUAUCUGUCUGCAUCUGAAUCGGAAUCUGCUGCAGAACUGUAAGGCUUUCCGUGGGGCCAGUAAAGGUUGUUUACGAGCUCUGGCCAUGCGCUUUAAAACCACCCACGCCCCACCAGGCGACACCCUAGUGCACAGCGGGGACGUGCUCACCGCCCUCUAUUUCAUCUCCCGCGGUUCUAUUGAGAUCCUCAGAGAGGAUGUGGUGGUCGCCAUUUUAGGAAAGAACGAUAUCUUUGGGGAGCCUAUCAGUCUGUACGCCAGGCCUGGGAAGUCGAAUGCUGACGUGAGGGCCCUGACCUACUGUGACCUGCACAAGAUCCUGCGGGAUGACCUACUGGAGGUGCUGGACAUGUACCCGGACUUCUCUGACAGUUUCUGGACCAACCUGGAGAUCACCUUCAACCUCCGAGAUGCAGACAGAAUAAUGCAGCCAACCCCCAGUGAGGAAUCAGACUGCGGCUACCGUCGAGCCAGACGCAGGAGACACUCCCUCCGGCGAAACCGACCAGACGGGAUGGAUAGGGAAGACUCAUAUCCAGACCAGUCAUGCGCCUCCAUGGGGAACCACAGGGGGGCGCUGUCUCACUCUCAGUGGGAUGAGUUGUGCAGCAGUGCCAGCGCUGGCUCCUUGUCAAGCGAAGAUGAGGUCAAACCCCCAGGGCCCGGCCGGGGAGACAUGUACCCUCCAGAAGUGCGGGACUACCCACCAACAGUGGUCAGCCUCCUUCCCCCCAACAACUCCCCAGCAGGCAUGGGGGCACCCUUGGAGCGGGGAGCACAUCCCUACACAGGUUCUCUGAAUGUAUAUGGUUACUGGCCCGAGCGCAGGCCGAGUCAGUUUUCGGAGAGUCCGAGGCGCUCGUCGUCGGCACGAAUCUGCCACCACCACCGCAGUGUGUGUUUGGAGGAGAGACCAAGUGAACUGCAGGCACGCCUCGAGCUCCUCCAGUCUCAGCUAAACAGGUUGGAGACACGGAUGACGGCUGACAUUAAUGUGAUUCUGCAGCUGCUCCAGAGGCAGAUGGCUCCAGUGCCCCCAGCCUACAGUGCAGUGUCUACGCCUGCCCAUCCACUUCCACCAUCCAGCCUUUACAGGACAGGGGGACCAGUCCUCCACAGCCCUGCGCCAAUCCCACCUACUGUAAAGAUCAACGACAGCCUCCACUCAUCUACCAAAAGCCCUGACUCCGACAACGUCAACCACAAGUCCCGUGAGUCUCUGUCUAGUGGCAUCCACCUGACCGUAGCCUCAGAUGACACCAUGUCCAUGUCCCCAGAAACAGAGACUGAACCGGUGGCCCCUAGGUCUCUGAGUGUCCCUCCACACCUCCAGACCCAAACACAAGCCAAAGCUCAGGCUAAGGCCCAUGCACCUGGGCCGCUGUGUGGCAGCCUGCGCUUCCCAUCACUCCCUGAACACCUGGAAAACCCCAGCACCUCGCAGGAUGCAGCAGCGGAGAUCCAGAGGCACCUGUCUGACCCCAUCCUUCCAGGCAGCUAGAGCCCACAGUGAGCUGUGGUCUGUUCUCUUUCCCCUUUCAUGGGCCCUCCACACCUGGGACUUUCGUGGGGACCUAUGUCACACUCUACAUCAGCCUGGUGCUGGUCACAGGACAGUUCGCACUCCUCUACUUGCACCUUCUUCUCUUUUGUUCCACAUCAUCUGCAGAGGUUUAAAUGAAUCGUAAGCUGCUACUGAUGGACCUGGGCAAGUUCAUGUCGAGCACAAACGCACAUAGACCUGCUCAAAUACUCAUGCAAGCGUAACCGGCAUGUUUGCUUCUCGAAUUGCACUUAGAACAAAGCACAAAUCAAACACUGAACAAAACUUGGCUCUCCAAAACAAAGCCGUUGCAGAAGGUCUUAUUUAUUAGUGCAAAACAUUCCUCUGUAGAUCCAAGCAGGCACAUAGCUAUUUAGGUCGACCGGUUGACGAAAUGCAGUUGUUUUCUUUGUAAUCCCCCUGUAGGGUUCUGCUUGUCAUUCUCAGUCAAAUAGUUUGAUCAGUUGUGAUUUAACAAAUGGCUUUAAUCACUGCCAUCUGUGAAGUCGCAGCAAUAAUAAUUCAACAUGGUUGUGGACUGUCCCAUAUUUUGAUAGAGUUGCACAUUUAGGAGUGAAUAGCAUUUACUUUUCUAAAUAUAAAUUUCAACAAUGCAGCAAAAGCAUACAUUUAAAGUGGAUUAUAAAUUUAGGAGGGAAUAGUGUUCCCUUUUUUCUAAAUGAAGACGGAUUAUGUUUCUAUUUCACAUACUGACUACACACAAUUUACUUUUUUAAAUGAAAACUUCUCACCAGAUCUGCUGAAACACAGAACCUCCUCAAGAGAGCAAGUGUCAGCAACAAGACAGAGCUGACCUUUGCUGGCAGAUCUCCAGAAAUGUCUGUCCAAGACUGUAAAAGUGAGGAAGAGCCAGAGUCCGGCUGCCUCCUGCACCAGGGAGCGUGGAGUUAAACCUGUGCAUUUUUACUGUACGUUCUUCAAAUGCUUUGAGGAAUUUUGUGCCAUAUCUCUCCUCAAUGAAGAGAGAGGAGGAGAUCUGCUGAUGAAAUGAACCGUUCCUCACUUUUCCCUUCACAGUUUUUCCAGUAGCAUCACUGUUUGGAAAGCCUUUUGAAAGCUUUACUUCAGAAAGGAGCGCAGGACAAUAUUGCAGCGUUCACAUUUUUUAUAAAAUCUGCAUGAAGCAUGAUGUGUCACGAGGCACAGCUUCACGGUUAUCAAAAUGAUGAGAUUUUGCUUUUGCAAAACAAUAUCUGGCUACAGUAGACCCUUUGCUCCUGCUUCUCUGGAUUGUUGAGCUUUUUGGAAUCGUUUCUGAAAAGCAGCACCUUCACUGAGCGAAGGCCAUUUGCUUUCCCCUCUGAAUCUAACUGGGUUGUGUUGGACCUGUCAAAGUUAUUCUCACCAGAAAUUGCUAUUAUAAGAAAAUAUCUUGGGCAUUUUCUAACUGUAUUUCAUGUUAUAUGGCUGUUGUUCAGCUACAGAAAUGUGUUUUCAAUGUAUAGAAUUUUUAAUUUUUCAAUAAUGAUAUAUUUUCAUGGAUGAUGAAUUGCUCGGUUCACAUCUGAAGUGGUCACAUCAGGUGACCCAGCGACAUUCUUUAGAUGUGAUGGACACAAAGAGAAAAGCUGUCUGAUUGAGUGGAUCAUGUGAUUUCAAAGUGAGGAAUUGUACACUGUGGGAUGCCCUGACACACCAAACCGUCUACCAUCAGACACCAUUAGGCCGAAUGGCUGAUCAUCACACAUUGUUUUUGUGUUGCGUCCUGAGAGAGAGCAAGUUCAAAAAUUCAGCUUAGGGAGUAGUCACUACAGUGUCUAGCCACCACAGAACCACACUCAGCUAAUGGGUUGUCAUAUGGCGCCAAGACCAAAUAGGAAUGAUGUGAGUUUAAAUGUAAACAUUUAAGCAGUCAAAUAUGUUCAGUGAUACAGAACAAACCCUUAGUGCAGCUGCUGAAUCAACCCAUGUUUUAGCCAAAAACAUUAGAACAUAUUAUGAUUAGCCACUCCUUUUUACCAUCAUUAACAUGGGUAAUUCAGAAUAAGCUAAAACUAGGCUAGUACUUGGAUUAAACAGUGUGUCUCCUAUUACAUGUGUGCAUAUACAGCUAGAAGAGGGGAAAACAAUUGCAGCCACACUAAGGCCCAAUCCCUUUUCCCUACCCCAUGUUUUAGAGUGUCAUCUUGCCCCUUAUAACUGAGUUACAAGGGGUAGUGGAUAAGAUCUAUUUUAUUUGAGGUUGAAACGGCCAGUACUUAGUAAUGUGUACACUGUCCCUUUAAGAGCCCUUAAGCUAAGAGCACAGGCAUGUGUGUGUAGCUGCUCUGUAUGCGACCCUGCCAGUCCGCGGUGAUAGGAGAGAAGGGUUAAAUUCAGCUCCUCACUUCUGGGCUUUAGUUACAUUUAGGGCAACAUAUGCUUUCAAAGAGGGGGGACAGUUUGUAUGGACAGUGAUGUAGGACUGAGGAACAGGAAGGAGAUGGGGAGGUGGUGGGGAUUGCAAACCCUUCGCAGGAACCGAAGAUGAGGAGAUAUAUGUAUAUAUGUGUGUGUGUGUGUGUGUGUGUGUGUGUGUGUGUGUGUGUGUGUGUGCAAUUCCAAUGAAGUUGGGACGUUGUGUAAAACAUAAAUAAAAGCAGAAUACAAUGAUUUACAACCUGUAUGGUUGUAAACCUAUAUGAUCCUUUUCAACCUAUAUUCAAUUGAAUACACUACAAAGACAAGAAAUUUAAUCUUC